AUGGCGCCUCUACGCCACCAACCCGUCGACACACUUUUUCAAAAGUGGGACAAGAUGAGUCAUGACCGGGCGACAACAUCCACCCUCCGAAUUCAGGGAGACUUGGAGUUGUUCUGGAAGGAUUCUUUGUCUCAAGAAUGUUUAAUAUGCCGUCUGGUCAAACCUUUGAAUUUGGACUUCUCAUCCUCACGUUGGCGUUCCGCACGGCUACAACUGCUUCCAAGCUCGAACAGGAUGGUGCUCCUACCAAAAAGACUGUUUUUCUGUGUUGUUUUUAACGAAAUAGUAGGCGCCGCCCGACUAACGUUAUCCAGCAUCACUGAAGAGGCUCAUGCAGCACAGGAUGCCCCGAUUGUCAUACCGUCAAAUGUUGACCUGGGAGGAUUUAGCAGUGUCAUCCUUAGCAAGCCCACAAGACCAGGCGCACAAGAACAACUCGCUGAAAAGGAAUAUGGAAUAAUUCCGGACGGAUUGCCUGAAAGGAAGGCUGAGAGGCAAAGGAUGCGAAAUGAACGUGCGCAAUCUGAUAAACAGAUCAAGUCACUCGAGCCAAACAUCGAUGAAAAACUCGAUGUAAUAAAAUCUGAACUAGAACAGCUUCACUAUCUUCUUGGGACACCCACUAUAGAUAGGGUGUUUCGGCUGAGUGGACUGAACCCGCCCAUCAAUUCCCUUCUUCCCAAAUCAAACCCGGAAAGACGGACCACCCAAAUUCGUAAAAUUCUCAAGAAACUGUUUCGGUUGGAUGGACUGAACUCAAUUUUCACAUCGCAAACCAAGAACAAAGAAACUUCAUCUAUUCCAUCACCUCUUAUCUUGGAUGAAAAUGUGUGGGGAGCAGGAAUACCGCAAACUACGACAAACAGACACCUACCCCCCACUCCAACGGCUUCAAGUGCUGUUGAUAUAGUCAAAGAAAGCAUUAAAUUUGAAAAUACGCAUUUCCAUAGCCCGAGUGAGGUCCUCCAUCCGGACCAGGUUGGUGCGGUCCCAAGCAGCAUCCUCAAUGAAAAGAGCGAAGUUUUAAACUCUCCACAUCAAAAUCACCUGGGAUCUUACGCUGCAAACAUGAAAUCCUCCAGUGAGCCUCUUCAAAUUCCACAUGGGCAAAACUUGCCCACAACCAAUUACGCACCCCUGGUUGCUAGUCAAGACGAAUCCCUAGUUCUUCCCAAUGGACAAGGAAUUCCACUUGGAAAUUUGCCGAUGCACAGUGGAACAAGCCGCAUACUGCACGGGGAUUUGUUGAGUAUCAUAAAAGAUAAGAUCAAAAAUGAAUCAAUUGCUAUUUGGAACUCUUUACAAGAGAAGCUUAUUGAUAUUUCGAAAGAAUCUCGACGCGAUGCCACCAAGGUAGAUUUCCACCUUGCUUUCUUGAAAUCAUUAUUCCAGUUGGGAGACCAGAUCGUAAGAUAUGGACUGCUGCCCUCAAAGUUCAUCGAGAGCAUUGAAAUCUUCAAGCCCAAAACUCUACGGGAAAUGGUCAAGCUUCAUAUUGACCUCAUGUUUCUCAAGCAUGGGCCAGAUUUUUUCGUCGCCGAAGACUCGGUGGUUCCUGAAAUAGAAUUUUUGACAAAUGGCUUGGCUGUGAAGCACUUCCACAGAUCCAUUGAAGCGCUCCCUACUGAAGAUCAGGCGCAUCUUGUCUACCUCCUCCUGAGUACUACCUUGGGCCAUAUGGCUGAAUGCUUCCCGGGAUCGCAAUUGAGCCUACCGUUCAAACUGAUCGUCGAAGGAUUCCGCGAGGCCGAGUUUCUUGGGCAAGCGCGUAAUUUUUUCUCGGGACUACGUGAUGCGCCAGGUAUUGAACAUCUGCAGACGGCAGAUUAUGUUCUACUCACCGCCACAAUAGACACUCUGGUUGCCUCUUUUCGAUAUCCUUUAACGGAUUCAGUUAACAGUCGAUUAGAAUUCCAAAUGGUUUACUACAUGUUGGAGUUUUUUGAUCAGUUUUACAAACCGAUCUUAGCGAGAAUACGAGGUUCUUGGGGAAAUUAUCCUCUUCUUGAUAAGCAGCUCAGAUACAUGAGGGGUUGUCUGAAGUUUUUCCGGAAUCGAGAUCAAUAUCCCAGUUCAAUGUACGAGAAUCUGGAUAUGUCCUUCUCAACAAUAUUGGCCGACCAGCUUACUCUUUGGAUCAAUGGUCGCCUCGGAGCACCUUUCAAUGACAAGAACUUGAUGAAGAUCCGGGGAAAGGUCCCCAAGCCUAAGGUAAAAUUCAGCACAUGGAUGAACUGA